UGCGGUCGGCGGUCGCAGCGGGCGGGCGCACUCCGGCAGAGCCAUGCUGGCGGCGCGCGUGGAGUAUAUCGCGCCCUGGUGGGUGGUGUGGCUGCACAGCGUCCCGCACGUCGGCUUGCGCCUGCAGCCGGUGGACAGCACCUUCAGGCCCCGCGAUGAGAGUUACCAGGAGUCGCUGCUGUUCCUGGGGCUGGUGGCCGCCGUCGGGCUGGGCCUGAACCUCGUCUUCCUCGCGGCUUACCUGGUGUGUGUGUGCUGCUCCCUGCAGAGCAGUGCGGUGCAGACCAAGCAUCGCCACCCCUGCUGCAUCACCUGGACGGCCGUGGCGGCUGGGCUCGUCUGCUGUGCUGCGGUGGGCGUUGGUUUCUAUGGAAACAGCGAGGCCAACGACGGGGUGUACCAGCUGAUCUACUCCCUGGACAAUGCCAACCACACCUUCUCUGGGAUCGAUGUGCUGGUGUCUGGAACCACCCAGAAGAUGAAGGUCGACCUCGAGCAGCACCUGGCCCGGCUCAGUGAGAUCUUUGCCACCCGGGGCGAUUACCUCCAGACGCUGAAGCUCAUGCAGCAGAUGGCGGGCAACAUCAUCGUGCAGUUGGCAGGGGUGCCCGUGUGGACAGAGGUCACCGAGGAGCUGACCCAACUGGUCAACCAGACUGGCUACGUGGAGUACUACCGGUGGCUCUCCUACCUCCUGCUCUUCGUCCUGGACCUGGUCCUUUGCCUCCUCGCCUGCCUGGGACUGGCCAAGAGCUCCAGGUGCCUCCUGGCCUCGGUGCUGUGCUGUGGGGUGGUGGCCCUGCUUCUCAGCUGGACGUCCCUGGCUGCUGACACUGCUGCGGCGGUGGGCACCGGCGACUUCUGCGCGGCUCCCGACGCCUUCAUCCUCAACAUCACGGAGGGCCAGCUCCGCACAGAGGUGACCCGUUACUACCUGUAUUGCAGUCAGAGUGCAAGCAGCCCCUUCCAGCAGGCACUGACCAUCUUCCAGCGCUCGCUGACCACCAUGCACAUCCAGGUGACGGGACUGCUGCAGUUUGCUGUCCCGCUUUUCCCCACAGCAGAGAAAGAUCUGCUCAGAAUCCAGCUCCUGUUGAAUUCAUCUGAGUCCAGCCUCCACCAGCUGAUGGCCAUGUUGGAUUGCCGGGGGCUGCACAAGGACUACCUGGACGCCCUCACUGGCAUCUGCUACGACGGCCUCGAGGGCCUGCUGUACCUCGGCCUCUUCUCCCUCCUGGCUGCCCUCACCUUCUCUACCAUGAUCUGCAUGGGGCCAGGGGCCUGGAAGCACUUUGCCACCAGGGACAGAGACUACGACGACAUCGACGAGGACCUCUUCAACCCCCAGGCCCGGCGCAUCGCUGCCCACAACCCCCCUCGCGGGCAGCUUCGCAGCUUCUGCAGCUACAGCAGCGGCCUGGGCAGCCAGACCAGCCUGCAGCCCCCGGCCCAGACUAUCUCCAAUGCCCCCGUCUCGGAGUACAUGAACCAAGCUCUGCUCUUCGGUGGGAACCCACGCUACGAGAAUGUGCCGCUCAUUGGAAGAGGCUCCCCUCCGCCCACGGCACCGUAUCUUGGGCCCGAUGGACAAAAAUGACCCAGGCACUUGUUUAAAAAUACCAGUCCAGGGACUUCACUGAAGACGUAGCCCGGGUGAACCUCGUCGUCAAGCAAGUUUGGAAAAUACUGCUUCACGGAGGAGGGUCUCACUCUUGAACAUCCAUCACCUGGGGGACUCAUUGCAACACAGGCCGCUGGGCCCACCCUGCUUCAGAUUCAGAAUAUCUGGGGUGGGGCUCGGGGAUUUGCAUUUCUAACCUGUUCCCAGGCAAAGCCUGAAGCCUGCUCAGGGGCAGGCUUCCUCGCUCGGCGUACCAACACUUUGAGCCAGAGCGCUGUGUGUCACGGGAGCCGUCCUGUGCACUGUCAGAGGUUUAGCUGCAUCCCUGGCCUCCACCCACGCGAUGCCAGUAGCAUCCCCACUCCAUAGCCCCCAGCCAUGACAACUGAAAACGCCUCCAGACAUUACCAGAUGUCCCUGGGCAGGGGCUAAAUUGCCCCUGGUUGAGACCCACUGGGUUAAGGGGUCUCAGGCCCCUACUCCCUGCCCCCCAGCAGGAAGCCUUCGUCCAUCUCUGGUGUGAACGGCCUAGACCUGGACCCCAGAAACAUCCCUGGCGCUAGGAGACAGUCAGGGUCCUGUGGACCAUUGCUACUUGGAGUUAGCUGCCCAGCAGCACCUGGAGCUUGUUAGAAAUGCAGAAUCUCAGGUCCUACGUGUGAUGUGAGAUGUGCUAACCUAAGAAGCCGCAUCUCUACUUCCGAGCAGAGGCCGGCUAACAUCUGUGGAUGAAUGCUUAAACUUUGUGUUUCUCCGACUUGGCUGCACUUGGAAGAACUUACAGAAAAAUAUUCAUGGCGUUUUAUUUUAUUUUUUUCUGUAAGAUAAUUAUAGUCUUAUUUUUCUCACAUCAAAAGGAGAAAACAACUUAUCUCUCCUGUCCUAACCCUUAAUGAGCAAUUUGCCAGCGAAUUUAAAUGAAUUUAUCUUGUGAUAUAAUCACCAUGACGAUCUUAGAUCAUUCCAGUAGUUGUCAAGCUUGUUUUACGAACUAGGACACUGAGUCUAAGAGGAUUAAUGUGAAUUGCUAAGAGCUACGCAGCUAGUAAUAAUGAUGAUAAUAAGCAAUAAUAGUGAUAACAUUUAUUGAGCACCUGCUACUAAGCUGAUUCAGACAUAGUCACUUUUGUGGGUUUUUUUGUGGUACGCGGGCCUCUCACUGCCAUGGCCUCUCCCGUUGCGGAGCACAGGCUCCGGACGCGCAGGCUCAGCGGCCAUGGCUCACGGGCCCAGCCGCUCCGCGGCGUGUGGGAUCUUCCCGGACCGGGGCACGAACCCUCGUCCCCUGCAUCGGCAGGCGGACUCUCAACCAUUGCGCCACCAGGGAAGCCCCAAGUCACUUUUAUCUAGUAGCAGAUACUGAGCUGCUUGACUUGCUCUCCACCUCCUCACUUUCCUUACGCAGGGUCCCAGGACCCGGGAGACAUGUACCCAGCUGCAUGCAGGUGUAGCCCACAGCGUGACUCUCCCAGCUUUAUGGAGGGAUUUGCUUUUGCACUACUCGAUGCCAGUUGGUCAGGGAGGAACCUCGUGGGUCACCGGCCAGUGCUGCUGGUGGUACUUGAAAAGGCUUAACUUUAUGUUAUGUGUGUUUUAUCACAUAAAAAACAAUACUGGUGGGCGUGGCCUAGGUUUCAGGAUGCUUUUAGACCCACCCCUGCCCUCGCAGUGUCUCAGAUACACAGCCACGUUUGAGAACCCCCGUGUCAGGGGUCUUGCCUGCUUUAUGUCACUCCAUCCUUUCAGCGGAAGAGCUGAGUGUUCUUAGGGCCAUCGUGCAGGUGGGGAAACAGAGGCUUGGAGCAACUGGAGAGCCUCCGCCGAGGUCAGGGAUGAGUAAGGUGCACAGCUGGGAUUUGAGCCUGGCUCUCUGAGUCAGUGGCCUUGUGCCCCCGGCCUGCUCACUAGGCGGGCUUCUAGGCACACUGCCGCAUUAGGGUGGCUGGUCGGUGUGUGCAUCUCGAGUUUGAGGCUGGGACCCAGACGUCCUGAUGGCCCCAGGGUUGGAGGCAUCAGCAGACACGAAGCCUGCCCAGGCCACUUGAGGAUCCUCUGAUAAUCGCCACGAGGCCUUGACAUUGAAACUUGGUGCCCGGCCACUGUGGCUGGCCCAGCUCGCGCUUCCUCAGAAGUUCCAGCAUUUUUGCUAGUACGGUGUCUGGUUUAACGGGUGAUGUGUGACCCUGUUCUGACUGUCCCCUCCCCUCUCUC